CUAGGCAUGCAGACUGCUUCCACACAACAUUUGUGAAAGAAUGGGUUCACUCUCAAGAGUCUCAGUGAAUUCAAGCGUGGUAUCGUGAUAGGUCUACCACCUUUGCAAUAAGUCCAUCCUUGAUAAUUUCCUUGCUACUAAAUAUUCCACGGUCAACUGUUAGUGGUAUUAUAACAAAGUGGAAGAAACUGGGAGCAACUCAGCCACAAAAUGAGCACGCUGCAACUGGACUCUAGAGCAGUGGAGACGUGUGUUCUCUGGAGUGAUGAAUCAUUGCUUCUCUUCAGUCUGAGCAAUCCGAUGGAUUUGUCUGGGUUUGGCAGCUUGCCAGGAGAACAGUAUACUUGCCUGACUGCAUUGUGCCAAGUGUAA